UCAUCUUUAAUGGGAGAAGAUAAAAAGAAAGAGGAAGAGCCAAAGCCCCUGCAAAUAUCUGACCCAACCUUAAAUCCAAAUCCUUCAACCGUUAUUGAGGUUUCCACUACUCCAGCAACGGCCGUAGCUCCAAUGGCUUCAUCUUCACCUCCCAAAUCAUCAUGGUUUACUCCCAGAAGGGUGCUUGUGAUAUUUUCUGUGAUUAACAUGUUAAAUUACUUGGAUCGUGGAGCCAUAGCGAGUAAUGGUGUGAAUGGAAGUCGCAGAACUUGCACAAAAAGUGGUACAUGUUCUGCUGGUAGUGGAAUUCAGGGCGAUUUCAACUUGAACAACUUUCAGGAUGGUGUUUUAUCAUCAGCUUUCAUGGUUGGACUCCUUGUGGCAUCUCCAAUAUUUGCAUCCUUAGCCAAGAGUGUUAAUCCAUUUAGACUUAUUGGAGUUGGUUUGUCCGUCUGGACAAUUGCCGUUGCUGGUUGUGGUUUUUCCAUCAAUUUCUGGUCAAUUUCUAUCUGUCGCAUGUUUGUUGGUGUUGGUGAGGCUUCUUUUGUAAGUCUUGCAGCCCCUUUCAUUGAUGAUAAUGCCCCUGCUGCUCAGAAAAAUGCUUGGCUUGGUAUAUUUUACAUGUGCAUACCCGUUGGUACUGCAGUUGGCUAUGUCUUUGGUGGAGUGGUUGGAAAUCAACUCAGCUGGCGUUAUGCAUUCUGGAUUGAAGCAAUUUUGAUGCUUCCUUUUGCUGUCUUAGGUUUUCUGACAAAACCAUUGCAGCUAAAAGGUUUUGCUCCAGCUGGAUCCAGAAAAGCAUUGACCACUGUAGAGACAGCUGCUUCAGAUAAUCAAGGUGGUGAACUAUCUUUGACAGGAGAGUUCGUCAAACAAAACUCUCAAUUAUCCAGGUCAAAGGCAAGUACUAAUUUAAACCAAGUUACAAGAUUUUUGCAAGACUUGACAGCCCUUUUGGGAGAAAAGGUUUAUGUUGUGAAUGUUCUAGGCUACAUCGCAUAUAACUUUGUCAUAGGCUCAUAUUCCUACUGGGGACCAAAGGCUGGUUAUGGCUUAUAUCAUAUGAGUAAUGCAGAUUUGAUGUUUGGAGGUGUGACCGUUGUAUCCGGUGUAUUGGGCACUGUAGCGGGAGGUUUCCUUCUGGAUCGUAUGACUUCCACGAUUCCAAAUGCAUUCAAGCUCCUUUCUGCAGUAACCUUCACUGGGGGGAUUUUUUGCUUUGCUGCCUUUUGUUUUAAGAGUCUAUAUGCUUUCAUGGCUUUUCUAGCAAUUGGGGAAGUGCUCAUAUUUGCCACUCAGGGUCCUGUGAAUUUUGUAUGCCUACAUUGUGUGCAUCCAAGUUUGAGACCGUUAUCUAUGGCGAUAUCUACCGUCUCCAUUCACAUCUUUGGGGAUGUACCUUCUGCUCCUCUGGUUGGACUUAUCCAGGAUCAUGUCCAAAACUGGAGGAUAAGUGCGCUGGUUCUAACAUCGAUUUUCUUCAUUGCAUCUGCUAUAUGGUUUAUUGGUAUCUUUCUUCGCAGCGUCGACAGAUUUAAUGAAGACAGUCAGCACCCAGUUACUGCUGCAGACAGGGCUAACACAACACCUUUACUCGAAGACAAGACGGCUGAAACAACCGCAGCUUCCCAUGAACCUGAGCCUUUUUUGCUACGUCCUGCGUCUUAUUAGAUGUACAUUCUUGAAACUCUUAUUCCCAAGAAAAUUUGAGAGAAAUUAUGGUUCAAAUUGAUUUUUUUUUCCUUUUAAAACUGCAAUUUCAUCAGUUGCAUGUGAAUAUAGAUAGCAGUGUGCUAUGCAAAGUCAGUCUUUGUUUAGAAGCAUUCUUCGGGAGUGCUAUCUUGAAACUUUGGUGUUUCUAUUGUUCCAAAUAAUGCCAAAUCUGGGUGUAAUUUCUCACAUCUGUAGAAACUCAAAAAACACGACGGUGAUGUUAGUUGGGCCUAAAAUGAGCUGAGCCCGUAUUUUCUCAA